GAAGGGCCGUCCACGACGCGGUCAGCGAUGUUCCGUGUGUUUUGUGUGCGACACAGCACGAACGCGGCGUGACCCACAUCCCUGCGACACACGUACUAGGCGGUAUCGAUGGAUUUGUUAACGACCCCUCUCUCUCCAUCGGGUUUUGUUCGAUCGGUCCGAUCGCACCAACUAUCUGACCGAUCUGCGACAUUCCCCUAACUGUGCUUGAAUCUACUGAGGGGGGCCUCACAUGUGCUUGAGUCUACCCAGGUGGCUUUAGAGACCUUCAGAGUAACUGGUCUGCGGCUCCUGGCUUUUCACCAGAUCUGCGCCUCGUGCGCGCCACGUCUGGGUUUCUCGCCCAGUCGCCGCCCGUGGUUGCCCAGUGGGGGCGCCCCCCGGCGCGCGCUGGCGGUGCCAGGUUUCUGCCCGCUCGCCGCCCGUGGGUCCCCUCGCGGGCGCCCCCGUGCGCUGCCUGGCGGUUUUGGGCGUCUCGUGGGCGUCACGUGCAGAGGUCGCACCGCGUAGGUCUGCCCGCGGCUUCCACCACACGGCCUGUACCACGCGCGCUGCGCCACAUCGCCUGCGCCAUCCAGCCUGCGCCGCGCAGAGAUUGCACCACGCAGCUUCCCCCGCAGAGUGUGCACGACAUAAGCUGCGCCACACGGCUUCCACCACCCAGCUUGCACCGCGCAGAUUGCGCUGCAUGACUUCCACAACAUAGCUUGCAUCACGUAGAGUGCGCCACGUAGCUUCCACCACAUAGAAUGCACUUCCAGAGAGCACAAUCUCACCCGUUCGGGUCCACGCUGACAAACAUUGUUCUUGCUAUGAUUACCGACGGUCAGCAAUGGUCAGGCUUGCUGGGAGAUUCGCGGGUACUCAGCGUUGAAGAAGCAGGCGGAGAAGCGACAACACAAAGAUGCCGUCUCGCCAGUGCUAUUGGAGGUGGCGGGGGCGCGCUUCAGGCUGGAGGCAUAUUUCAGCGGCCAGAAGAAGUCCCCAGAAGGCAUGUUCGGGCUGUUCUGUGCUCGGGAGAAAGACGAUUCGCCUGACGCGACCCCUGUCUUUGCGAGAUUUGAGAUCACCGUGGUUGCCAAGGGGGGAUCGGACAUGACCCUGGACGAGGCCAACUUGAUCGAGUUCCUCCACGGUGGCUACGACAGAGGAUGGGUGAGCUUCGGCAAGAUUGACACACUUGAGAAGCCGCCCUUCCUUGUGGAUGACACCCUGAUCAUUGGACUCCAAGUGAGCGCUUUCAGCGCAAGCCAGAAGCGCGAGUGGACGCUCCCUCGAGCUCCAGGUUCCCACAGCGACGCUACGACCGCAGCAGGCGCCGCCCAGCGGAGGCGCACGGCGUUGGUGGAGGACCUGGCCGGGCUGCUGGCCGGGGGCCAGGGCGCGGACGUGGAGAUCAGCAGCGGCUUGGGUGAGGACGUCAGGCAGGUGCUGAAGGCCCACCGUGUGGUGUUGGCAGCGCGCUCCCCGGUCUUCAACCGCAUGUUGUUGCAGUCUGGCAUGCGCGAGUCCCAGGUUGGCGCUCAGAUCUCGUUGGACGGGGUCGAUCAUUCAAUUGCGGAACAGUUCGUCCGUUUUUUGUACACGGAGGAGUUGGACCCGAAGAUCUUCGAAAGCCCUGACGCCGUGUGUCAUUUGCUCGCCCUGGGCCAUCGCUACGAGGUUCGCUCGCUCUUUCAGAUAUGUUCCGAUCGUCUGACAAUUACCGUCGACACAGCGAUUGAGCAGCUUGUGAUGGCAGAGCAGUUCAGCAUGACCGCGCUGAAGGAGCAGGUCAUGGAGUUCAUCUGCAGCUGCCGCAAGCGGCUGGCGCAGGUGCAAAGAACUGCAGCGUUCGAGCGGAUGAGCAAAGGCUACCCACAGUUGAUGGUGGAGCUGUUCGCACACGCCACGCAGCCGCCGGAGAAGAAGCCGCGGGCGUCCGCUGCGCCCCCGAGCGACGAAUGUCAAGUAGGUGGUGUAAGGGCGCGAAUCUAGGCGAUGUGAACGGCGGAAAGCACGGUUCGAUUGCGCCGACAUUCGUGCAGAAGUUGCCCGCGUAAGGUUGCGCGUGAGCGCCUUCGUUUCAGAUAGCGGUCCGCGCUGGCGGCCCGCGCAAGCCACCGUGCAAAGUCGCUAUGUCAUCUCGCGUAGGACCCGUGACUUUUCGUCGUCCAUAAUGUGGCGGCUAGGCGCCGUCGUGUCACUGAGCGGUUGGUACAGCCUGGGAAGCGUGCAGAUUUCAACCAUUGCGGGAGGUGGAAGGACGCGGAUGUAGGCGAUGUGGCGGCUGGGCGCCGUCGUGCCACUGCGGUCGUUGCGGUCUGAGGGGCGUGCAGACCCAACCACUGUUGGCGAUGGGAGGGCGCGAGUAGAGCACCUUUUGUGCGUCGAUCUUCCGCUCCUCGAUACAUUGUGUCGUGACGAUGAUGACCAGCCGCGCAGCCCAGGGAUGGCAAGGCUUUGACGUGCCGAGCCGCGCGUCGAUGUUCCACUGACCCGUGGCGGUGCUCGCCGUGGGAGGCUGCAGCACAGAGAAUCCCGGCGAUACACUGCGGGAAGUCAGCCUGUCCCCGGCACCA